AUGGCGAAUCUGUAUGUGAAAGCGGCACCACCGCCGGAUAUGAACAGGAACACGGAGUGGUUCAUGUAUCCGGGAGUGUGGACCACUUAUAUACUAAUCCUCUUCUUCGGAUGGCUCGUUGUUCUCUCCGUCUCUGGUUGUUCCCCUGGCACGGCUUGGACUGUUGUUAAUCUCGCCCACUUCGUUGUAACUUAUCACUCCUUUCACUGGAUGAAAGGAACUCCUUUUGCUGACGACCAAGGCGUCUACAAUGGUCUCACCUGGUGGGAACAGAUGGACAACGGUCAGCAACUUACCCGCAACCGCAAGUUCCUUACCGUUGUCCCUGUUGUCCUGUACUUGAUUGCAUCACAUACAACAGAUUACAGGCAUCCAUGGCUAUUCCUCAAUACACUUGCUGUCAUGGUUCUCGUUGUUGCCAAGUUCCCCAAUAUGCACAAGGUACGCAUCUUCGGGAUCAACGGUGAUAAGUAA